AGCGAACAGCGACUUCCAAAAACAAAAAAACAACCAACACAGCACGCGAAUCGCGCACAAAAAGAAGACAAAAAAAAGGUGAAAGCUGCCAAUUACAAGUGUGUUGGAGGUGGUGGGCCAACGGAGUACAAACGAGCGCCAUGACAGCCAAAACCGAUCAUCAGACCAAAGGUCAACAGUCGGAGACGGAUACGGAUGCGAAUAUGGAUGCAAAUAUGGAUGUGGAGAGAUUAGAUGUGCAACAACAACCAAUACUACAACAGCUGCAAACAGAAUCAACAACGACAGCAAAACAAUCUGAGCAGUCGCAGCUAAUUGGCAUAUUCUUUGUGGAGAAUCGAAGACGCAAGCAGGAUAUCAAAAUUGUGGUCAAACUGUGCGCGGACGGCAUCUAUUUGCGGCGCGAGACGACAAAUAGCAACCAUAUCAAUGAGCAGCUGAUACGCAUCGAGGACAUCGUUGGGUCCAGCUACGGCCAGCGUGUGAAGAAGCGUGCCCGCGGCGGCCUCAACUCCUGCAAGAGUGCCAGCCGCGAGCCGUCAGAGAACGAGCCGCAGAACGACCAACUGGAGCCAGAGCAGGCCAAAGGUCAAGCGGAUAACAGCGCCUAUUUGUACAUCUAUGCGUAUCUGAAGAAGGAGAAACCGUUUCGCCGUGUUCAAACAUUACGCAUCUUACGCUUCCGCACCAGCGAUGACUAUGCUGAGAAUCUGAACACCGCCCGGCUCUGGCAUCGCAGGAUACGCGAGCAUAAACAACGAUCCGUGACGACGCCGGAUGGCGUGAUAGUGGGUCAAGGUGCUGGUGGCAAAAAGCUGCUCAUAUUGCUGAAUCCAAAGUCGGGAUCGGGCAAGGGACGCGAACUGUUUCAGAAACAGGUGGCGCCAUUGUUGAGCGAAGCGGAGACACAAUAUGAUCUACAAAUCACAACGCAUCCACAGUAUGCCCAGGAGUUUGUGCGCACUCGUAAGGAUCUAUUGGAACGUUAUGAUGGCAUUGUAGUCGCCUCCGGCGAUGGUCUAUUCUAUGAAGUGCUUAAUGGCCUGAUGGAGCGCAUGGACUGGCGUCGUGCAUGUCGCGAACUAUCCCUGGGUAUCAUACCAUGCGGCUCGGGCAAUGGCCUGGCCAAAAGCAUUGCCCAUCACUGCAACGAACCAUACGAACCGAAGCCCAUACUCCAUGCAACACUGAUCUGUGUGGCCGGGCGUACCACACCAAUGGAUGUGGUGCGCGUCGAGCUGAACCAUCGGGAUAAGCAUUUUGUGAUGUACUCAUUCCUAUCGAUCGGCUGGGGACUUAUCGCCGACAUUGACAUUGAGAGCGAGCGAUUGCGCUCGAUUGGCGCCCAACGUUUUACACUGUGGGCCAUCCGGCGUCUCAUCACGCUACGCUGCUAUCCGGGCAAACUGUACUAUCUGCCUGCCAAGAGUUCUAAAACAAAUCACACAGACACAACAGCAGCAGCAAGAGUAGCAAGAGCUCCACAAACAGACCGAUCCUCACCGGAACCACCACCUGUGGAACAGAGCAAUCACAGAUUAGCACCACGUCGAUCCACUGCGCAUGAGAAGAGUGAAUUUAGAGACCUGCCCGACGACGACGACAACGAUGUGCAGCUGCGCGACUAUUGCCAUUCUCAAUUUGAUGAGUAUGUCGAUGCGCUGUCGACGGAUCGUUGCAGCUAUCGCCAGAAUGCAGACAGCUGGCAUUCGGCGGUAUCGCGUCGCACCGCCUACUUCUCGCUUGGUGGUCACAGCACACGCUCCAAUCGAAGUCGAUUGAGCGUGGCGCAGCGGAUCGAGUCGGCCAAUGCCGAGUUUAAUCAGCUCGUGCCAACGGCCACAAUGCCAGGCCUACUGCUGCCGCUGCCCGCUGAGCAGGGCUGGCUGUCGGAGGAAGGGGAGUUUGUGAUGGUGCAUGCGGCAUAUACCACGCAUUUGGCAUCGGAUUGCUUUUUUGCCCCGGACUCCCGGCUGAACGAUGGUCUCAUUUAUCUGGUUAUUAUACGGUCUGGAGUCGGGCGGUCGCAACUUCUCAAUUUUCUGCUGAGCAUGCAGAGAGGCUCACAUUUGCCGGCAGAACAAGAUCCCUACAUUCAGGUGAUGCCAGUGCGUGCGUUUCGAAUCGAGCCGAGCGGCUCCAAUGGCAUCCUAACCAUCGAUGGAGAGCGCGUCGACUAUGGACCCAUCCAGGCUGAAGUAUUUCCCGGUCUGAUCAAUGUCAUGACCUCUACGGGCCAAUGAACAGUUCACAAUUCACAAUUUACAUCACGAUGUGAUUGUAUAAAUAUAACUAUAUAUGUUCAUAUAAAUCUAUAUACGUAU